GUAUACUCAAACCAAUUCUUACAAUUGAGAGCCUGUCUAUCGUCACAUUUUGGAGAGGAAAUAUCAGCUUCUGACAGCACAUUUAUAAUCGUCCAAAACAGAUUCAUCCUACAUUAUAUUAAGCAUGGGAACAAAGUAGUCUACCCAAAGUUAAAAUAUAACCUAACUGUUCUGUUCUCAAGAACUGCUCAGAGUAACUCAUCGGCUACAGCAGGUGGCGUUUGAAAACUCCAAGUUCUAAAGAUGGUACCUCCGCUCUGCUUUCAACACCUCAAACAAUACUGGGCCAUGUACAGGUUAGGACUGAUAAGGAAAAGCUGCUUGACCCAAAUUCAAUUACUUGGCUUUGAUACUAGACUGUGUCAUUCCUCCAGACCUCCAGUAGAUUUGAUCGGUAUCAACUACCCAGCAGAAACAAUCAAUGGGAGAAAAUACAGAGACAACCAUCAGACCAGUCAGAUGCCUCUUUCUAAAAUAAACCACAUCUUAAAAGCUAAUGAGUACAGUUAUAAAGUCAAUGGAUAUGAUGGACGAAACUCUGUUAACUCAAUUUUAGGGUUAGAUAGUAACAUCUUGGCAUCAAAUGCUCUGAAUGAGGACCGUAGGAGUGCAGCGACUUGUCUCCAGAGUAGGGGAAUGCUUUUGGGGGUUUUCGAUGGACAUGCAGGUUAUGCGUGCGCCCAGGCAGUCAGUGAAAGGCUCUUCUACUACAUUGCUGUGGCUCUACUCCCAGUGAAGACCUUAAUGGACAUUGAGGAUGCAGUUGAGAAUGAAAGGCCGGUGUUACCCAUGCUACAGUGGCACAAGCACCCAAAUGACCAUACCAGCAGAGACUCUGGGAAGCUUUACUUCAACAGCCUUAGGACGUACUGGCAAGAGAGGAUCGAUCUAGAGGACGAUGAGGACAGGGACGUCAAAACGGCUUUGAUGAAUGCAUUCAAGAGGUUGGACAAUGACAUUUCACUUGAGGCCCAGGUGGACUUUGGGGACCCAUUUUCCCACUUCACCCCUCUUCGGGUGGCUCUGUCAGGGUGCACAGCAUGUGUCGUCCAUGUGGAUGGAGAUGACCUGCAUGUGGCCAACCUGGGGGAUAGCAGGGCCGUGCUGGGAGUCCAAGAGGAGAACGGGACCUGGUCAGCACACACCAUCAGUAACGACCACAAUGCCCAAAACGCAGACGAGUUGCAGAGGGUUCUAUCGGAGCACCCUGCGCUCGAACACAAGACGGUAGUCAAACACGACAGGCUACUGGGCCUCCUCAUGCCCUUCAGAGGGUUCGGAGACAUGAAGUUUAAAUGGAGUGGUGAAAUGUUGAACCGGGUGUAUGAAACAAGACCAGACAUCUUGUCGGCCAAUGAGUUUAAGAUGCUCCCACCUAACUACCACACGCCACCAUAUCUCAUUGCUGAGCCAGAGGUGACAAUCCACACACUGAGGCCAAAGGACAAGUUUCUGAUCAUGGCAACUGAUGGACUAUGGGAGCUGAUGCACAGGCAAACUGUGGUGCAGGUCAUAGGAGAACAUCUGACUGGUCUACACUGGCAGAAACCUGUAUCUGGGCUGGCUUUCACACUGGGACAGAUGCACAGGUUGCUCCAGGAGAGGAAAAGCAGAGCCAUUUUUGCUUUAGAGGAUGAGAACUCUGCAACACAUCUGAUCCGACAUGCUUUAGGGAGUGAUGGCUUUGGUACUGUGGACUCAAGGCGCUUGUCGAAAAUGCUCAGCUUGCCUCAGGACCUGGCAAGGAUGUACAGGGAUGACAUAACAAUUGUUGUAAUCCAUUUAAAUAGUGCCAACAUGUAAGCCAAUUAAAGAUCAGACAUUAAGGGGAAUAAGGGGCUCUAUUUUUGGCUGGAGCUAAGAAUGGCGCUCUUGUCAAACUGGGGCUCUGACAUUUUCCAAGAGAGAUGUGAUGAUGCCGGUGACCUUCAUAUUUAGAAAUAUUUUAGUUGUUUUCUGUUCUAUUUGAUUAGAAAGUCCUCUGUUGGCUUACCAACUAUAACGAAGCCGAGUUCAACAGCAAUGCUUCAUUGCGUCUUUUUUAUCCUGGCUAUGCAUAUGCCAAGCAGCCUAUCAAGAUUUUAAUUGUUUUUACUCGUGAGUGCAGUUUUGGAGGUUUAGACAAUUUUCACACCUGCAUAGACUUCUUCAGUUCGCGUGUUUCUGUAUCUAUCCCCAUUUUCACAUAUACACCUCAGCUAGCACAGUGGAUCUGGGCCGAUUACGGCUGAGAGUCGGGGCACUUGGCUGAGAGUCAGUCUCAGCUGACGUCAUGUGGCCCCGAGUCUGGGCUGCCUUCGGCAGUAUUACUUAUGGCUAGGAUGUGGGGAUUGAGCUCAGGCCGAUUCCGGUGAGAGUUAUCUGGCCCAAAUGUAUAUUUUACUUGGGGCUCCGGCCGAUUCAGGUGUGAAUUAUCUGGCCCAAAUGUAUUACUUGGGGCUUGGAACGAUUGGGGCUACUCUCUGGCAGAUAAUUACAUGGGCUGCUUUAUAUAAUUAACAUUUCAUUAUUUAUUUUUCCAUAUUUCCUCAGUUUUUGUGAUCAAAAAAUACCUUUAACAUUUAAAUGAAAUUCUUUUAGAGUCCUGUGGUAGUAUUUUGAUACUUUGUGCAGGGCAAUUGAUAAGCAUUAAAUACUUUGUGGAUGGAGCCUCCCGAGUGGUGCAGUGAUCUAAGACACUGCAUCGCAGUGAAAACUGCAUUUCUACAGAUGCUGGUUCAAGACCCGUGCUGGCCGUGACCGGGAGACCCAUGAGGCUACGGACAAUUAACCCAGCGUCGUCCGAGUUAGGGGAGGGUUUGGUAGGCCGGGAUGUCCUCGUUCCAUCGCAUUGUAGUGACGCUGACACGGUCACCAGGUGUAUGGUGUUUCCUCUGACAAAAUGUUUUUUUUUUUGUGGAUGGGUAUAAUUUAUAUGUAUAAAAGGUAUAAUAGUAAUAUUUAAAAUGACAAAAAAAAUAUAUUUUUUUAUAUUUGCAUCGGGCUGCUUCUAGGGGAUUCUGGUAAAAUGCCGGCAAAGUCAGCUGAAUUCCGAUAGACGGAAACGGCCCGACGUACUUAGCUGAUUCUGAGCAGUCAUUUAUCUUGAUUCCAGGCCGAGUCCGACACCGGGCCGAUUCAUCAGUUCCAGCCCCCCGGAAGAGGCUUCUGGGCCGAUUCCUCAUUGAUAGCUGGGGCUCAUCCAACUUAUUUACAUUGUUAAGUCCUAUAUUACCAUAUCAACAGCAGAUAUCUUGCCUAUUGAGUAUGUACCUCACAUAUACAAUACCAUUUAUAGAAGCAUAAUAUUUGUACUUUUGGAGAUGCGUGAAUGUAAUGUGUAAAAUACCAACAGUAAACAUAUUUAGCAAAACUGUAUGCAAUUCUACUGUUGCUAUUAUUCGUUACUGUAUGCUAUUUAAUAAAGGCAUCAAUCCACUAAUAUGUGAA